AAUGAUUAAUUGAUUUUUAUAACUAUCAGCAGGGCAAUGUCACACCUUGACAUUCACGAAAAGCUGGCGCCGGAGGAAGAGCGAGAGUGAGCGGCAGGAGAGAAGCGACGUAACUCAGAAGGCAAGAUGGCGACGAAUCCUGCAGGCUCGAGCAUAACGGCGAAUAUAACUCCGUCUGACUCCCCACCGUCUCCCAGUGACGGCCCGCCCUCCUCCCCAGUUCCUUUGGUUCCCCCCAACACCCCUUCUUCCCCAUCUCUUCCAGAUCCCCCCACAACCCCCUUCCCUUCGUUAGGACAACCGCGCUUCCCUUCUGCUCCUCAGACUCGCGAUGCCAAGAUGCCGGACCUGCCAGAAAUGGGCGACACAGAGAGCGCAGGAGCCCAACGACAGAGCCAGGUGUCCUCCAGCAGCUCCGGCAAGAACUCGACGCUCCUCCGGAAGAAUCCCCGAAGCCGAGGCGCGUCCGAAACCAGCGCCGGGAGGAUCGACCCCGGCACCGCCUUCCCGCCCUACGACCCGAGGUUCUCCCUGUCCCUCUCCGUGUCGGCUGCCAACGGCGCCGCGGCGUCUCAGCUGCCUCUAGAUGACGACGGAAGGAAGAAAGUGGUGGUGUUGGGCACCGGUGACUUCGGCCUGGCGCUCACCACUCGACUCGUCCAGGCCAAUUAUCGGGUUGCCGUCGGGAGCAGAGACCCCGAGAGGUGCAGGUCAAAGGUCGAAGCAACGGGCGGCAUUCCGAUGACCCACGCGGAGGCCCUGAGGGAGAGCGUCGUGGUGGUGGUGGCAGUGCCCUUCCAACACACGGGGUCUUUGCCCCUGAGCAAUCUUGCCAACAAGAUUAUCGUUGAUGUUAGCAAUAGGAACCCGAGAGACAGAGACUCAUCUGGGAGGAGCCAAGCAGAGCACCUUCAGAACCUGAUUCCCACCGCCAGGGUCGUCAAGGCGUUCAACGUCCUGUCCGCUUACACGCUCUCCAGAGGUAUCAGGGGCAGCAAGGAGGUCCCCGUGUGUGGAGACGACAGGGACGCGAGGCAACUAGUGAGCGAGAUAGUGAAGGACCUCCGCCUCGAUCCUGCAGACUUGGGCAGCCUCCACAGCGCCCGGGAAGUUGAGGAGAUCCCCUUCCAGUUCUUCACCGAGUGGAAGUUUGGCGUGGUCCUCUCUUCGGUCGUCUGGUGCCUCACAUUCGUCAUUACACUGUUCAGGUCCCAGCUGUGUUCUAACCUGGAGAACAUGCACAAGCCCAAUUUCACUUGGGACUGGAGUGGCUUUGACGGCAUCAUGAGAGACAACGUGAGCUCCUCCUCUGCCGGAACCGCCAUCAUCCUGCUUGCUCUUUGUUACCUGCCAGGUGUUCUGGCCGCCUACAUACAGCUGGCUCGAGGAACCAAGUACUCGGAAUUCCCGCUGUGGCUGGACACUUGGCUUAAGGGGAGAAAACACAUUGGAAUUCUCAUGCUCUGGAACGCUGCUAUUCAUGCGAUUUUAGUCCUUAGUUACAGAAUGGGGAGUGUUGGUUUGUACGAUAGCACCUAUUCCUGGCGCGGCCCAACCUUCGUCGCUUGCGGGGCGUUCACCCUCCUCCUCGCGGGCGUGUUGGGCGUGGCCUCCCUACCCUCCGUGUCCGCCUCGAUGACCUGGAGGGAGUUCUCGUUCGUGCAGAGCCGCGUCGGGUGGCUCGUCCUGUUCCUGGCUUCCUUCCACGUCAUUUUCAACUUCUGGGACAGUCUGGUCAAGAAUCAUUUCUCGUGCUAUUUUCUGCCUUCGAUCGCGCAGCUGUGCAUCGUGCUCCCUCUGCUGACACUGGCCCUCAAACUACCCCUCCUGACACCUUGCGUAGACCGCUCCCUCACUAAGAUUCGCCAAGGGUACGAGCGAGUGUCUCUCAGCGGCCUCAGCGGUGUGUGACCGACCACCGAGAAGGGGAUGGAAGGGCGUUUCUUUUGCCUUUUGACGUUUUCUUUGUUAUUGUUAUCAUUUUCAUUAUUAUUAUUACCAUUAUCAUUAUUAUUGUUAUCAUUAUU